CAUAAUUCAUUAACAUCAUUUGUUUUUGUUGUUUAUUUUUAAGUAUAUUUUAGAUUAGUACCAAUUUCUUUGCACAUUAAUUAUGAUAGAAUUAGCUGCAAGGCUUACUACAGGAACUGUGUAUUUAGCAGGCGAGGCGCUUGAAUGUUGUAUUACGUUUUGCCACACAACUCAACCAGAACAUAGAGAUUCUCAAAGCCAUAGUGAUAUUUUGGAGAACCUAGCAUGGGCAUCUGCACAAAUACAUUGUUUCUUUUCCACAUCUAAAAAUACUGGUGAAAAAUCAUCAAAAACAACCGCAUUGGAAGUAACAUCAUGUGAUAUUGGUGAUGUUGUCUUUCACACAAAACCCAAAAUAUUAUUUUGUGACUUAACAAUACCUCUUGGAGAAACUAAAACAUUUUGGUAUAGAGAGUCUUUACCAAUAGAAGCACCACCAUCUUAUAGAGGAAACUUAGUAAAGUACUCAUAUAAAGUAACAAUAGCAACACAGAAGGUUGGCUCACAUAUCAGAAUGGUAAGGAUACCAUUCAGAGUGCUGCCUAUAAGUCCAAUAAUGAAUGUUCAAGACCUAGCCGCUUUAUGUGGAAAUGAAACAACAGAUGAGCUACAGCCUACAAACCCAUUUUCUGAAGAAAGGAAGGUGGAAACACCACUGACAAUGGCUUUACAGGUUCUACAGAAUCUUACAGCACGCAGAAGUCCCAAUUCAUACAUGAUAACUAACACAAGAGGAAAGGUGGGAAGGUUCUGUUUGUUUAAAUCUGCCUACAAACUGGGAGAAGAUAUUGUUGGUACAUUUGAUUUCUCUGUUGGGACAGUCACUUGCAUGCAGGUGUCAGUCUCCCUACAGCCUGAAGAAAUUGUGAAAAAAAGCACUCCUUCCAAAAAUACAAAUAAAGAAACAAGUAGUAGAUCUAUGACAGUUGCCAGAUAUCAUGAAGUAACUCUUGGAUUAACCCAUUCACAGCUUAUUCUCCCAAUACCAUUACAUAUUACACCAGCAUUUGACACUGAAGAAGUGUCAUUAAAUUGGAGAUUGCAUUUUGAAUUUGUAACCACUAAUGAAAAGCUUCUUCCAUCAAAUGAAGAAAAUGAUUGGAAUGCACCUUUGAAUGUGGCUAUUGAAACAAUGGUCUGGAAUUUGCCUGUUAAAAUCUACUCCACAUUACCUAAACAGAUAACUCAAACAGUGGGUAAUGAAGCAUAUAAAAUGGUUAUCAAAUAA